GCUCCAUCAUCACCAUCUAGUUUGGCUGAAAACUCCAGCAGUUCAUUUUUUCAGCAAGUUGAAAUUAAUUUAACUCUUCAAUUUCCAAUUGUUAAGGAUGAACCUCCCAUUGAGAAAUGCAGUUUGGAAAGGGAUCCGUCCUAUGCACCAGACAAUCACUCGUCAGUUAUCAAAAUCACUCCCACAAAGUUUGGCAUCCACACAGGCAGCUUUAGGACAUUCUUCCGACGCAGGGGUCCCACUACAUAUGCCAGUCACGGUGCUUACUGAAGAUGAGCAAAUGAUGAAGGAAACUGUGUCUAAAAUGGCUAAAGAAACAAUUGCACCCCUCGUAGCAAAGAUGGACAGAGAAGGAAAAACUGACCCCAGUGUGGUGAAAGCUUUGUUUGAGACUGGAUUGAUGGGGGUCGAAAUUCCAACAGAGUUUGGUGGGAGUGGUUCUACUUUUGGAUCAUCAAUCGUGCUGAUAGAAGAAUUGGCCAAAGUCGAUCCAGGAAUAAGUGUCCUUGUCGACAUUCAAAAUACUCUCAUUAACACCCUAAUCAGGGAUUUGGGAACUCCGGAACAAAAGGCAAAAUACUUGCCGAUGUUGGCCACAAACACGGUUGGCAGCUUUUGUCUCUCUGAACCAGAGUCAGGGUCGGAUGCUUUUGCUUUGAAAACCAAGGCACAAAAAGAUGGAGAUGAUUAUAUUUUAAAUGGAUCCAAAAUCUGGAUCUCGAGUGCUGAUCUCUCUGGUAUAUUUCUGGUCAUGGCGAAUGCGAAUCCAUCACAGGGUUAUAGAGGAAUCACUUGUUUUAUUGUGGAGAAAAGUAUGCCUGGGUUCUCUGUGGGGAAAAAGGAAGACAAACUGGGAAUACGGUCGUCGACGACUUGUGCCGUUCAUUUUGACAAUGUUCGGGUUCCAGCUUCGAACAUUUUGGGUGAGCUGGGGAAGGGUUACAAGUAUGCGAUUGAAAUGUUGAAUGGUGGGAGAAUUGGGAUCGGAGCUCAAAUGUUGGGAUUAGCCCGAGGUUGUUUUGACGCGACGGUGCCAUAUACUCAACAAAGGAAGCAAUUUGGUCAGCGCAUUUUCGAUUUCCAGUCCAUGCAACAUCAAAUCUCCAGAGUGGCGACACAAAUAGAAUGUGCUAGACUUUUAGUAUACAAUGCGACACGACUCAAAGAAGCAAAUCUUCCGUUUGUCAAGCAAGCUGCAAUGGCAAAAUAUUAUAGUGCCGAGGUGGCAACAGAGACGACUUCCAAGUGUAUGGAAUGGAUGGGAGGAGUUGGCUUUACGAAGGAUUAUCCAAUGGAAAAGUAUUUCCGAGAUUGCAAAAUUGGAACGAUUUAUGAAGGAACGACCAACAUUCAGCUAAACACCAUUGCCAAGAUUAUCGACAAAGAGUACAUGGACAUGCAGUAGUCCUAGUCCGUAGUUUCCUACACUGAAACAUCAAGUUUAAAAAUUAACUACUUAGCGUUUGCUGUGUUAUCACCAAUACAUAGAUACUUAAAAUUUUUAAGUUAAAAUUUAAUAAUUCAUGAGUACCUGAAAAGAAUCGUGUCGAAAGUUUUUUUAGGUGACAAAUUCUACUAAUCCAGAAAAAAAGUUUAUUUUAUUACGAAUAAAACAACCAGAAUCUCUA